GCCUGCCGGGGGACUUGCUUACACACUCAGAUUCGAGACAAUCCCUGUUCACUAAAAGAAGGAUCCUGCUUUCAUUCUUUUGUUUUGCGAAUGACCGGAGCUUAGCUUUCUCGUGGGGACGUUCGUUAUUUCGCGAAUGGUACAAAUUUUGGUGGUUGAUUUUUUCCGUUUACAUGAUAUAUAGUUAUUGCUUAAUUAGGUGUAUCUGAUUGGGGAUAUUUGUUCUGAGAAAAUAUGGCAUUGGGGAAGCUUUCCCGAGUUGGUGGAAGGAAGUCUUCCGAUUAUUGUUCAACAAUUACUGUAGUCAUGUUUGUCAGUUUUUCUUUGGUGGGGGUUUGGAUGCUAAUGUCCUCAUCGGUUGUGCCCAUGCAAAAUUCAGAUUCUUCGUCUCAGGCAAUUAUAGAUGAAGUGAAACAAGAACUCACGGGUUCUGAGAACUUUGAAGAGACUUCAAGUGAGUUACCAAAGAAUGAAAUACAAAGGGACGGCAAUGGUAUUCCUGUAAAAGAGAGCAUAGUGGUGGAUACUCAGGAAGAGAAGAGUGUGACAGAGAGCAAUGAUGAAGCAACUGUUUCUAACCAUAUUGUAAAGGAAGAGCAGGAGAGUUCUGACAAGAAGACUAAGUCUGAAGAGAAGUCCAAGACACAGGUUGAAAAUGAUGAGGGCGAGAGAAGUGCAGAGAGUGAAUCUAAAUCUGGAUUUGGAGAUUCAAAGUCAGAAGCUGAAGGUGGAAUUUCAAAUAAAAUUGCACCGAAUGAAUCAGAGGGGAGCUUGGGUGAAAACAAAACUGAGUCAGUUGAGGUUAUUCAGACUGACAAAGUGGUUUCUCAAAAUCAGGACAAGAAUUUGGAUCAAAAUAUUGGAGACGAUAUAAAGAAUGCAGAACAAAAUAUUGGAGACAAUAAUAAGAGUUCAGAACAAAAUAUUGGAGACAAGAAGAAGAAUUCAGAACAAAAAAUUGAAGACAAUAACAUGGAAAGCCAUGAAAAGGUUAAGGAGUCAAUUGAAAAUUUCCCUGCUGCUGACCAGUCAGAAAUUUUGAAUGAAACUAAUACACAAAAUGGUGCAUGGUCGACUCAAACGGUUGAGUCACAAAAGGAGAAGGAAUCAGAACAAUCUUCAAUCUUGAAGGACCAGAAUCACUAUAGCUGGAAGCUUUGUAAUACCGCUGCUGGGCCAGAUUACAUCCCUUGCCUUGACAAUUGGCAAACUAUCAGAAGGCUUCCGAGUACAAAGCAUUAUGAACAUCGAGAAAGGCACUGCCCUGAAGAAGCUCCCACCUGUGUUGUUCCCAUGCCAGAAGGAUAUAGACGCUCAAUUAAGUGGCCUAAAAGCAGGACUAAGAUAUGGUACUAUAAUGUUCCACACACAAAACUUGCAGAGCUUAAGGGGCAUCAAAAUUGGGUUAAAGUUGAAGGUGAAUACCUUACUUUUCCUGGUGGUGGAACUCAGUUCAAGAAUGGUGCUCGUCAUUACAUUGAUUUCAUUCAAAAUUCACGCCCUGAUAUUGCGUGGGGGAAUAGAAGUCGUGUAAUAUUGGAUGUUGGUUGUGGUGUGGCCAGCUUUGGGGGGUUUCUUUUUGAUAAAGAUGUCCUUGCAAUGUCAUUUGCCCCCAAGGAUGAGCAUGAAGCCCAAGUGCAAUUUGCUCUUGAGCGGGGAAUCCCUGCCAUAUUAUCUGUUAUGGGCACCAAGAGACUACCAUAUCCCAGUUCAGUGUUUGACCUUAUCCACUGUGCCCGAUGUAGGGUCCCUUGGCAUAUUGAAGGUGGCACUCUUCUUUUGGAGCUCAAUCGUCUUUUGCGACCUGGUGGUUACUUUGUCUGGUCUGCCACUCCAGUUUACCAAAAGCUUCCAGAAGAUGUUGGCAUUUGGAAAGCAAUGUCUGCUCUAACAAAGUCAAUGUGCUGGGAUUUGAAGACUAUUAAGAAGGACAAAUUGAAUGGUGUUGCUGCAGCAAUAUAUCAAAAGCCAACAUCAAAUAACUGUUAUGAUAAAAGACCUAAAAAUGAGCCUCCACUAUGCAAAGAGUCUGAUGAUCCUGAUGCUGCCUGGAAUGUAUCCCUUCAGCCAUGCAUGCAUAGAAUAAUAGUAGAUAAGUCAAAGCGUGGGUCUCAAUGGCCUCUCCAGUGGCCACUGAGGUUGGAGAAACCACCUUAUUGGUUGAAUUCUGAGGUUGGCGUUUAUGGCAAAGCUGCUCCUGAGGAUUUCACAACUGAUUACCAGCAUUGGAAAAAUGUUGUCUCCAAUUCAUAUUUGAAUGGUCUAGGGAUUGACUGGUCAAACAUGAGGAAUGUCAUGGACAUGAAAGCUGUAUACGGAGGGUUUGCUGCAGCAUUGAAGGACUUGAAACUGUGGGUUAUGAAUGUUGUUCCCAUUGAUUCUCCAGACACACUUGCAAUAAUCUAUGAAAGGGGUUUGUUUGGAUUAUAUCAUGAUUGGUGCGAGUCAUUCAACACCUACCCUAGAACUUAUGAUCUUCUUCAUGCUGAUCAUCUCCUGUCAAUUAUCAAAAAGAGGUGCAAUUUGAAGGCAGUUAUUGCAGAAGUUGAUAGGAUUCUGAGGCCAGAUGGAAACCUGAUUGUACGAGAUAAUGUGGAAACCAUUGGCGAGGUUGAGCGCUUGCUUAAAUCCCUACAGUGGGAAAUCCAAAUGGUUUACACCACAGACAACGAAGGAAUGCUUUGUGCUCACAAGACUUAUUGGCGACCUGGAGAGUCAGAAAACAUUAAGUCAGCAAUUUUCUAAACCCAGGCAUCAACAUUGUCAUUGAGUCUCUGUGUCUGCUGGAAAAUUGACAUUUGCUUGUUAGAAAUUAGUUUGCUUUCUGUAGCAGCAGCUCCGGCAUGCAAUAGCUGUAGCCUGUAGUUCUGAAAUAGAGUGUAAAAUUUUACAGUUGAUCGUUCUUUAACAGCCGUUAUUUUCUUUAUUGCUUCCGUCAUACAUAUACCCUACCCUUCUUAAAUUGGAGGGAAUUCUGAUUGUAUUACAAUAUAUCUAAUCAACAUCAAUGAAAAUUAAAUCCAAUUUUCCUACAA